AACCCUAUUGAUCUUCACGCGUGUACAAGAAGACACAUUGCACAGAGUGGCUGGUAGCAACAGUUCCCCUCCUCUUGGUUUUCUCAUAUACGAAGUCGUUAUGAGUUCCACAAUCCUUCAUUGCUGUCGAGGUAUAUGCAGUGAGUACGUUCGACUUGAACAGGAGUAGUGGCGGGUCUCAAAAGGAGGUUUCCAAAGGCAAGCGACCAACAUUUGAUAGCCAUACCAGAUGUUGCUAUGGUUAUGGAGGAGAAGCCAUCUGAAGGUUGUCAUUGUCGCCUGCCUUGUUAUAGGUUUAUGGUUGAUGGCAAGUGGGAACAAGAAUUUAAACGACCUUGAAAAUCGUGAUAAUUACAUACCUCACAUGGUCAAGCCUCAAGAUCAGGAUCACGACCUUCCGCAGGAUCUGCCCAAAGAGCAGAAGGAGAUCCCACGGGUGGACAGCAUUGAAGCCGUCUUAAAGAAGGGAGAACUUGGAAAUUAUGAACCCCCCAAAACAGAAGUACACUCUGGACCAGGCGAACUUGGAAGCGGGGUUUAUGUGAAAACACAUGACGAAGAGUCCAUCAAAAAGUAUGGAUGUGACAUGAGUGUGAGUGACAAGAUCUCACUGGACCGAUCUCUUCCUGACACAAGAGACACAGAGUGCAAGUUCUGGCACUACUCGACCAGUCUGCCCAGUGCCUCUGUGGUCGUCGUAUUCUACAACGAAGGCAACACGACCCUCCUGAGGACUGUCCACAGCAUCAUCAACAGAUCCCCGUCCUCGCUCCUGAAGGAAGUGGUCCUUGUGGACGACGCCAGCACAGUUGAUCACCUGAAGACGCCCCUAGAAACCUACAUCCAGCGUUUCAACGGGUUGGUCAAAUUGUACCGGAACAAAGAGAGACUUGGGCUUAUAGGUGCCCGGAUGAGGGGAGCAAGGGAGGCAACCGGAGAUGUCUUUGUUGUACUGGACUCACACUGUGAAUGUAACGUGAAUUGGUUACCUCCCCUGUUACAGAGAAUUGCUCUCAACAGGAAGACCUUAGCUCUACCAACUGUAGACUACAUCCAAUACUCCAACUUACUUUACUAUGCAUUGCCGUUACUCGGGCAAAAGAAAGGUGUGUUUGAUUGGGGCUUUAACUACAAGCAGAUACCACUAACAGCUGAGGAGAAAGCCAGACAGACGCACUCAACGGAACCGCAUAAAUCUCCAACGCACGCAGGUGGCCUUUUUGCUAUGAACCGAGAGUAUUUUCAUGAAAUUGGCGGAUAUGAUUCCAGUCUUCAGGUGUGGGGUGGGGAAAACUUUCAGCUGUCUUUCAAGGUAUGGAUGUGUGGGGGUCAGAUAGAGUGGGUGCCGUGCUCCAGGGUGGGGCACAUCUAUCACCCCUACAUCCCCUACAGCGUCAACAUCGCCGCCACGGACACAAUCAAGAUACCCGCAAUACGGCAUAAUUAUCUCCGAGUUGCGGAGGGUUGGAUGGAUGAAUACAAGGACAACUUUUACAUUCGGGAGCCUGACUUACGGGGGUAUCACGUUGACGUGUCUGACCAGUGGGAGCUGAGACGGAAACUCGGCUGCAAAAGCUUCAAGUGGUACAUGGAGAAUAUCGCCCCUGACAUGUUGCUGUACUUCCCGCAACUUCUACCGAAUAUACAGUGGGGAAUGAUACGCCUUAAGGGGACAAACAGUUGUCUAUGGAAAUAUAACAGAUCUGUGAAAGUGACAACAUGUGACGGUCGAGCUGACGAGAUCUUUCGUCGGAAUACAAAAGGACAAAUAGCUUUAGGUGAAGACUGUAUAGCAGCUAGAGUACAAAAGACAAUUACUCUGAAGUUCAGGCACUGCGCAGGUCCUGAUAAUGAACCGUGGAACUGGAUUCAGGACACGUACCAAAUUCGACACACGGAGAAAGAUCUUUGUAUAAAGGGGUCAUCUACAUCCGGGGAUGUCGUGUUGGAGCCAUGUGAUCAAACCAGUAUGGACCAGAAAUGGACAGUUGAGACAUACUAUUCCUGGAAGAACAACACGUGACAAGUGUCCCAAAGUGCUCCCUUCAUGUGUAAAGUUCUCGCGAAGGCUAUUUACAGAGGAAACAUAAGACUGAUACGAAUAUAUUUGGUUUUCUUACGUAUUUUGUACAGGCUCUAUUAGAAACCUCUGAGGAAAGUUA